AGUAGGUGAUUUGACUAAACUCGUUUCCUCCUUUCAUUCAAAUUCGAAAGCGAGAAGUUGAGCUGGACAGAAGUCAAAACUAACUUUGGCAGUUACAGUUAAACCCGAAGGGGCGUUUAAUCCGAGGCACCGACUUAUAAUGAUGAAGCGUGGGGCAAGAAAAGGCUACAAAUAGCGAUGAUUAGGAGCGAGUGUGGAAAGGGUGUGAUGAUCUGAAGAUUAGGGAGCAGCAUCAUCCCUCUGUCCAGUCUGUUAAUCCACAACUGAUGCGUCUCGUCCCUGGUUACCGCUGAAGGCUCAGGCUUCAUCUCGUUGCAGCUUUGUUGUUCCUGUGUUGUCAGCUUGUCAGCGCGUCAGCACAUGAGACAUGAAUCCCUACGGAAAUGAAUAUCUUGACUCUCAUUUGAGUGGCGGCGCAGCAUCUCGCUCUCAAAGUUCACCCCAAGAAUUGGCUUUAGCUCCGUCGUACGAUCAGUCUUCUCCAGUCAUGCGCCCAGAUAAUAGUUCUGCUACAGUUUCAGGCCACAACUUUCCUCCACACGAGGCCUCAUCAGACCAAGAAGGUCCCCAAACCCUGGUCCGAUCACCAAGUUCUACAGUCCAGCUUCCAGCCUCAAAUCCAGACUUCGGUGUUGGAGCCAGGUCUCAGUCUGAUCUGGCAUCAGUCUCUACUCCAGAACCUGGUUUCACAGCAAAUCCCUACUCUGCGUUUGGCACCCCGUCUUCAUAUCAGGUCUCUGUGAUCAUCCCCUCCCCAGACCUCCAUCCCAUUCCCCUCCCAACUCAGUGCUCUGAGGAAAACUAUCCAGACCUGGAGUGCGCCAUCUGCUUCAGUCAAUUCAACAAUGUCUUCCGCUGCCCCAAGAUGCUGCAGUGCAAGCAUACGUUCUGUCUGGAGUGCCUGGCUCGCAUGAACGUCAAGUCGACCGAGCCCAACGCCAUCCAGUGUCCGUUGUGCCGCAGCUUUACACCCUUGCCUUCCCUUGGCCUGCCAAAACUGGCCACAGACUCAAAUGUUUUGUCUUACCUUCCAGCUGCUAUGCAGAGAGUGUACAGCAUCCGUUUCCUCCGCAGCAAAGGGAAGCUGGAGGUCAAAAGGUCAACUGACGGACAGCGGCGGUGGCCUCGGCAGUCGCUGACGUCUCUGAGAUCCAUCCACCGCUCUCUGGAUGUGGGCAUUCCCAGUGGGAACGCAGAAGGUCACGGUCAGUCACGCGGCACUGUGUUCAGACUGACGAGUCACCCGGUGUGUCGUGCCUUACUCCUAACAUCUGUGGUGAUGAUGAUGGUGCUUCUGACUGGUGUCAUUAUCUUCCUCCUCACCUACCGCAAAUGACUGAGUGACAUCUUGUCCUGUAAAGUCUUAUAAAAAUUGGUGACAUGUCACUUUAAAAAAAACCCAACAUUCUCCUUAAUCACACGAAGUAACAGCUUUUCCUGCUGCUAUUUAAAAACUGAUCCAGUUGUGCAAUAAACAUCACUAUUUGAGGCUGUGUUGGAUUAAACAGCUUAUAACUAGCCAAUGGCCUUCAAAGCGAAGAGCUCCUUUUUAAAUACAAAACUGCAGAAACUGGAUAAAGACAACUGAGAAACUAGAAGAAGGUGGACUUAAUUGUGAACAUAACACUUCAGCUUCUAAUAACUGCCCAGGUAUCUCUUCUUGUUUUAUUCCUUAGUUUUACAAACUAUCAAUGGACUUUUAUCCGCCUCACCUGUGCCAAAGGCUGUACAUGAUCAGCUUGCUGUUGAUAACUUGAUUAACAUAACAUCUUGUUGUUCAAGCCAUAAAUGGUCAAGAAAUGACAGUAGUGGGAAAGAAAGCAGAUCAAGUUGAUUUUCAUUGUAGCACUUAAAACCAUUUUUGCAAAUCUUUGUCUUGAUGUUUUUAAAAAAAGCUUUAUAUUAAAGAUGAGGGAUGACGCACUAAGAGCAAAAACUGGUUGUCAGGUUCAAAAUGAUUGUUAAAGUCUUCAUGGCUUACAUUUAACUGCUAAAAAGAAUUGUUUUGCAAUUUUGUUACUAUCAUUUAAUAAGUGAGACCCAUUAUUAUAGACUAUAGUUUUGGUCUGCUUGCCUCACUUUAACUAUGAGAUUCUUUAAACUUACCACAAGCUAUUGCCUUCUUCCUUGUUCCGCUCUGCGUACGUGUUGUUUUAUUUUUUGCCCCCCCUCUUCGGGAAACUUUGAGCACUUUAAAAAGGUGAAACCUGAAGUGUGAAUGUUGCACGUUGGAUUCAUACGUGUAUUGCUAACAAGAGGUUUCAUUUAGUUGGAGCUGCGGCUUGGGUUUCAUGCAAAUGACCUGAACCGCAAUUUGCGCACAUUGCAUUUUCAUAAAUGCUGGGUCAUUUUUGUGUUUUCAGCAUCACCACUGUAGGGUUUUCCAUGCACGUAGUUUUACUUUAAUGUGUCUAGGGUUCGAGAUAUCUGCUGCUUAAUUCUUCAUAGCCACAAUGGAAUGACUUGAAGGCUUAUCCAUUUAUUUUUAAAUCUGUAUCCAGUUAACUCUUCUCCUCUUUGACAAGGAAUUAUUUUUUUUAAUGCAUAUUUGUUUUUCUAUUCUGUCAGUACUAUGAACUAAACUGUUAGAAAUUAUCCAAGGAUAUGCAGCUCGCUUUUGAAAAGGCAAAACGGGGGUAUGUGGGUAAAAUCUCCUUUAAAUGUGUGAACUUUGGGUUUGCAUGUCAUAUUCUGUUACAUUCAGCAAGCGGCUGAGCUGUGGGAUGUUGCCCCAAUAUACGAAAUAUUUGCUCUAAUACUGCAGAUUCUCACUCCAGUUGAUAUUAUAUUAAUCUACAGCUCUGGCAUCAAGCAAAACCUGUUGUAAAACUAUUUUGACUUGCAAAUCAAAGAUGAAAAUGCUGCUUUUUUUUUUGUUUUUGUUUUUUUUGUUUUUUUCCUUCAGCCAUGCCUUCUAAAAUGUACACCCAAAAACCAAGUUUUAACUGCAGAUUCGAACAGUUGGUUAUGACUGACAGCGAGAAUAUAUUUCAAAGUUUACCAUCCUAUUUUCCUGUUUGUUUGUGGGUUUUUUUUUUUUGUUUUUGUUUUUUUUUUUUUUAAGUCUUUCAGGUUCUGUUGUGAUUAAAUUGUCAAGUGAAAAAUAAAUGAUUUUAUACAUUUUAUGUAACUGUUUAGGGAAAGCUUGCAAUACCAUUGUUUGGCUUGUGAUAUUAAAAU